AUGUCUACCACUAGUAGUGCUAAAAACACAAUUAAAGUCCAACACUCCCGAGUAGCAGAGGUGGAAGAAGGCGAUUUACGGGAUUUGCAUGCAAUCGUCUCAUCGCAUGGGGUUCCAAUAAGAUAUGUGGAUGCCAAGAGCGCCACGUCGGACCAGCAAGUGUUGGCAGAACUGGGAUACAAAGAAGAGCUGAAACGUGAGUUUUCGCCGCUGCAAAUUUUUGGUGUGGCCUUUUCCAUUAUGGGCCUGCUGCCGUCAAUCGCUUCAACGCUGGACGGCGGUCUCACGGCAGGCCCCGUGGGGCUCAACUGGGGGUGGUUUGUUGCCGGUAUCUUGAUUCUGUCAAUCGGUGUGGCCCUUGCCGAGUUAUCGUCGUCUAUCCCAACUGCAGGCGCAGUUUACGUUUCGUGCUACCAAUGGGCUCCUGCAAGAGUGCGGAAAUGCAUUUCGUACUCCGUUGGGUUUCUGGAUACGCUUGCGUUGAGCGCAUCAGUGUGUUCGAUCGUGUACGGUCUUGCACAGCAGAUUUUGUCCGCCGUCGUGGUCACAAACCCGGAUUUCGACGUUACCAACCCCAUCAGCUACGGUGUUUUUGCAGCUUGCAUCAUAGUAAUGACAAUUUUGACGUCGAUGACAUCCAAGUUCACAUCCAGAUUGCAAACGGUGUCGAUUGUGUCUAAUUGCUUCGUCAUCAUACUGCUGUUCAUCGUGCUGCCCAUCGGCGUCAAACGGUCCGCGAAACUCAACUAUAGCUUUAACGAUGCCAAGUUCAUUUUUGGAAAAGUCGAUAAUCUCAGCACCUGGAACACGGGUUGGAACUGGUGCAUCGCCGGUAUGAUGCCCGCAAUCUGGACCAUUGGAGCUUACGAUUCAUGUUUACAUAUGGCCGAAGAAGCGCGCGAUGCACCCAGGUCGGUUCCAAUCGGUAUCGUGGGCUCCAUUUCCGUGUGCUGGAUUCUCGGAUGGUUGGUCUGCAUUGUUCUUCUGGCUUGUAUGGACUCCGACAUCAACAACAUUGUAAAUUCCGCGUAUGGACAAGGAAUCACGCAGAUAUUCUACGACGCCCUGGGUAAGAAUUGGACGCUUGGAUUUUUGGCGCUUCUUAUCAUUUGCCAAUUUCUAAUGGGAGCCUCGACCGUAGUGGCCAACUCCAGACAAUUUUGGGCUUUUGCUCGUGAUGACGCUAUCCCAAUGAGCGGUUUCUUCAAGAAAGUCGACCGCAGAACUGCAGUGCCCAUUCGUGCUGUUUGGGGAUCCAGUGGAUUGGCUUUGGCCUUGGGAUGCUUGUGUUUUGCCGGAGAAACAGCCGCUGAUGCCUUGUUCAGUUUAUCUGUCGCAGGCAUGUAUAUGGCGCUGAUUUUCCCAAUAACUCUGCGGCUCACGUACGGUAAAAACGACUUUAGACCCGGUCCUUUCUACUUGGGUGAUUUCUGGUCUCCAUUAGUGAACUGGUUUGCAGUCUUGUCGCAAGCUUUUAUUAUCAUCAUGAUGAUGUUCCCCAGCGACAAAGGCGUUGCCCCAGAUUCCAUGAACUACACGGUGGUGAUUGGUCCUGGGUUUUGGGCCGUCAGUAUGAUCUACUAUUUCGUGUGGCAGCGGAAAUUCUACAAAGGACCAAAAUCGAACUUAUCGGAUGAAGAGUUCCGCGAAUGCGUUGGCGAGGAUGUUAUCGAUGCCAUUGUGUCGCAAAACUACGAGACUUUGAAGAAUCGUAUGGUCUAG